AGUAGUCCAAACCCGGUCCUGCUGUGCGAAAUCCAAGAUGGCGCUGUCCUGUCUGAAAAUUUCGUUGGGACGGGCUUUGGCGGUACGGCCGUUGAUACAGGUUUACAGGCCAAGUCCAAGAUACAACCUAGUAUUCUUACAGUACAGCACAUCACCUGACAAGGGGAAAGACACAAAGAAAGAUACUAAGUUCCAGUCCUCAGAAAGCCUUUCUGGAUACUUUGACAAAGGCAGUUCCCAGCAAGCUGGCAGCAGUGCACAGCAACCUGACAGCACUAAACAGCAACCUGACAGCAAGCCAUCUUUAGGAACAACAGCAGACAAAAGUCAAGACUCCACAGCAAAAAUCCCAGAGUCAAAAGCUGUACCUGAUGCAGAUCCUCCGGGGAAACCACCAGCUGAUGAGAUACCUGCUGAAGUACCCCCCUCCGCCGUUCCCCCACCCCCUCCAGCCAAGCCCCCCGCCCCCCAGAUCCAGCUGUCCCGGCCUGAGCUGACCAAGGAGGAGCUGUCCCGGCUGGUGCUGCGUCAGGACGAGUAUGUGGAACGGUUCAUCCCCAUCACCCGCCGCUCGCUCAUCCAGCACCUGGUCCAGCACCCCGGCCUGCUGACCGACAGGGAGAAGGUCAAGUUUGACAAGUUCUUCCAGGCACUGGACAGUGCUGUGGUCACUACCUACCAUGGAACACUCACUGAGCUGAAGGCUCUUUUUGACCCCCUAAACCCUGACAAAGACACGAUCAGCACGCGGCAGUGGAACCGUAAGGAGCGUGCGGAGAACGAGUUCUGGCUACUGCAGAAGCUGGCCAUCGUCAUGGAGAAGGCAAACUUCCACGAGUUACCCAAACCUGUGGUGGAGGUGGCCCUACAGGAGCAUCAAGCAGGGGAUGGAGUCAUGGUGCGAGUAGAUGCCAGCAGGUACGACAUCCUUCGCUUCUGGGCACUCGGUAAGGAGGUGCGUCCGCCCGUCUCAGUCCCUCUGGCCAAGCGUCUGGUCGCUGCCCUCGGGCGUCUCGUCACACGGAGUAAGAAAGUGGAACCGCAGGCCCAGGAAACUUUCAAGAGGUUAGUGGUGGCUGUCCGGCACACCAAGGACGGGAAACUCACGCUGAAGGCCUUUAAAGACAUUCCCAUCAACGCCUUAGAGCAGGUGUUACCUGAGGCUAAGGUGCGCAUGAGCCAGUUCGACCAGGCCUUCCUGUACUUCAGCGUGGGCAUCACCAGCCUGGGGAUGCUCAUCAAGCUCGUCACCGUCAUGGCAGAGUACCAGGUCAACUGGUCGCUCAUCGUGGGCGGUGUGUUCGGGCUGAUCGCAGCACGCACCUGGUCGUCUUACAAGAACCGGCACAUGCGGUACCUGGCGGAGCUGUCGAAGACGCUGUACUACAGGAACAUUGCGAACAACAGGGGUCUGCUGACGCUGCUGGUGGAUCGGGCAGAGGACGAGUCGGUGAAGGAAACCCUGCUGGUGUACACCUUCCUCCUCAGCUAUCAGUCUCCCAGGGGUCCAGAGUCCAGCACGGGUACAACAAGUGGCGCUGCAAUAGGAGCCCUGGAGAAGGACAUAGAAAAGUGGGUGUUGGAGAAGACUGGCAGCCAGAUCAGGUUCCAUGCAGACGAGGCCGUCCAGUUCCUGUCAUCCUUCGGAAUCCUGAAACAGGAGAACAACCUGCUGAGUGUCGUUCCCCUGGACACCGCCAUCGCCUGUCUCCCAUGGCAACCCGUAGGAAUGGACAGCAGGUCCGAGGAGUUUGACGUGGAGGAGGGAUACGACAGACGACAGGAAAGUAAGGCGGCUGAGCAGCCAAGAAAAAAAUGGUUUGGACUUUUCUAGGGCAUGGAACAGGAAAGACUUGAUCUGAAUUCUCCUUCAUUGUUGCUUUUUGAGGGGAUCAUUUUUGUAGUUAACAUAGAAUAAGUUUUAUAUCAUGCAAAAGAUUACAAAGAGUUCUGGAAAUUUGAAAGAAUUUGUAAAUGUGCCAAAGGUAUAUCAAUUCUGUCAAUAAUGACAGAAAUAAAAAGAUGAUAAUAUAAGUAAUGUAAUGGAAAUAGUUAUGAGAUAGUGUGUACUAAAGAUGUGAUAUCUUUCAGAUCAAAGAUCUGUCUAGGUUUGACAUGAAGAAGGUGCUGUUCUAAAGAGAAGAAUGAAUAUGCAUCUUGUGAUGUGUUCAUGAUGACAAUUUAUAUGCAGCAAAUUAGUAAGAGUAAAUUGGUACCUACCGGUAUGAAUUAUUGUGGCUUUGAAGGGUUUGAAUAAAUUUUGCACCAUGUUGUCUUGACCAAACAGAGUGACACUUGUUAUUACCUGCCAGAUGAUCAACAGAUGAUCAAAAAUGUUUAGAUAGGCAUUUGUGUACGUUUGUUACACCAAUGUUUGACCCUAAAAAAAAACGAUGAUGAUGCUUUUGAUGUGCUGAAGCUUAACACAGUACAGUGAAAAUUCUGACCCACGAGUCUUGAAUUUUACAGUUUUACUUCGGCAGAACAUUACAGUGAUACAGAGUGACCAGCUUCCA